AUGAACUCCUUGGCGAGGAGUCUGGCCUUCUGUUUCUUGGUUGGACUCGCUCAUGGCCAAGAAGGAGAAUUAUAUUUUUCCGUAAGCCCAGCAGACCAGAAGGCUGUAGAAGGUUCACCAGUACGUCUGCGAUGUGAAACCCAACCAAGCACAGGGGUAAAAUACUCGUGGAAGCUUAAAGAUCAGCCUUUGGCACCGAGUCCUCGACGACAUCAAGUUGGUGGGGAUCUUUACAUAACUCGAGUCAACAGGAUACUGGACAGUGGCAAUUUUGUUUGUGUUGCAUACCACGAGUCCAGUGGAUUUACCAUUGAAAGUUCACCAGCAAUAAUUGACGUACAAUGGAUAAGUGACUCAAGAGUUGUUCUGGAUUCACCCAAGUCUCCAACUCCAGUAAGGGCUGGUGCAAAUGUUGAAUUACGCUGCCACGUUGAUGGGUCUGGAGAAAUGAAAUACGAGUGGUUCAAGAACACCAAGAGUCUGAUAACAAAUGAACGAAUCAAGGUGAAAAAUAAAAAGAAACUCCAUAUUCCAAAUGCAAGUGCUGAAGACAAUGGCGUUUACUCAUGUCUAGCGAGGAAUGAAGCUGGUUCGUCACCAAUGAAAGAGAGUUUUCCUUUAAUAAUUCCUUCGAAUGAGACAGCAACUAUAAAAGUUGUACCACAAAACAUUAUUGUAAAACGUGGUGAACCAGUUUACAUGCAUUGCAUGUAUGAAAAUGCAGAUUCUACAGAGUGGUACUUCAAAGAAAUCGGUCCACUUGGUGAUGAUGAUGAGGAAAGAGUCAUUCUGGAAAAUGGUACACUGUUUAUCCGCUCUGCUGAACAUCGAGAUCAGGGUGUUUAUGCUUGUCACGGCAUUAAAGACGAUUCCGAACAAAUUUAUACAGCUGAACUACAGAUAGCAUAUUUACACAACCUUUCUGACGUUUCUUUUGAGCCUUUAUUGCCAGACCAAUUAGCUGUGGUGGGAGAAGACCAAGAAUUACAAAUAAGUUGUUUGGAGCCAGCAGGCUCACCAUCGCCGACAGUUUUUUGGCGAAAUCCUCGAGGCCAUAUAAUCAGUGAUUCUGGAUCUGUAAGAGUUCAAGAUAAUACAUUAGUCAUAACUAAAGCUCGAAUUGAUGAGGAUGCUGGAAAUUAUUCAUGUGUUGCUGAAAAUCUUGCUGGGACCAGUGAAAUAGUCGUUCAAGUAAUUGUAUCUACUCCAUCACGUCUAAUAAGUUCACCAGAGUCAGUGACAGUGAUGGAAGGUGAUCCUGUGACAUUAACAUGCUCGUAUGCUGGUAUGGAAGCUCCCGUGACAAGCGUUCAAUGGUUAAAGGAUGGUGAGCUGCUCAAGGAAAGUGGCGGUCCUACUAGACAUAGAAUAACGAAUCGUCAUGGAAAUGUUUCUCUUCACUUUAAAUCCACUUAUCUCUCUGAUAAAGGCAGCUAUGCUUGUGAGAUUAUUACCAAGGGGUUCCCAGUGUUGAAAUCUGAUCCUGCUACUCUCUCAAUCCGUGAAAAACUGAAGUUUUCACCGCCUCCUGUUGAUAAAAGGCUUGAACUUAAUUCUACGACAAAGGUAUACUGUAAAGCUCAAGGAGCUACGAAUCCAACUGUAAGGUGGAUGAAAGAGGGACAAGGAGAAAAGUUUCCAGAACACGUGCAAGACAUCAAUGGAACUUUACACUUCAAUGGUGUGGUUGAAGGUGACAAGGGUCGUUAUAUAUGCAUUGCAUCAAAUUCUCAAGGGUCAAUUAAUCACACUAUCAACAUUGAAGUUGUGAUUGCUCCAAAGUUCACUCAGUUGCCACAGAAUGUUACUGAAGCUAUUGAAGGCUACCCUAUAAUGCUUCAUUGCACUGCUGAAGGCGAUCCAACACCUCAGAUUCAUUGGGAUAAAGACUCCAGCUUAGAUAAUCUCGAUGAUCCGAGAUUACAAGUUUUAGCAAAUGGAAGUUUAUACAUAAAAGAAGCUUAUCUUAGUGAUGAAGGUAAAUAUGGAUGCACAGCUGGAAAUAGUGGGGGAUUGAAGAGAGUCGAAGUUCAAUUAAAUGUGAAACCUGGAGAUGGAUAUCGUUCGGAUUUAGAUGUUGAAAAUUAUGAUGGAUCAAUGAUGACUAAAACAGUAACGAUAACUCUGAGUGUAGCUGCUGCUUACAUGGUUCUUGUUGUAGGAUUGAUGGUAUAUUGCAGAUAUCGUCGAAGACGUAGGAAACAACAGUACCUACAGGAACAUGGAGAAGAAAAACUGGAGAAUGGGGAUAUUCACGAAGAGCAAACCGAAUUGAAGGAAAUGAAUCACAAACAAAAUGGAGAGAAAAAAAAAGAGAAUCGUGAUUCUCAUCGUAGUGAUGGUGCUGAAACUGCGCAAAGUCAGAGCAGUAAUCACUCCAAGAAAUCAAAAAGUAGCUAUGACAAAUUAGCAGUAUCCCGAACGAAUCUAAAGGAAUUAAAACCACUCGGGCGCGGUGAAUUUGGUGAAGUUUUCUCAACUAAAUAUCAAGCAGAUGGAGAAAAAGAGCAAAUAGUUAUGGUUAAAAGUCUUUUGAAUACUAAAGAUGAAACUGCUCUUCAAGAAUUCAAAAGACAUUUGGACCUUCUUCAUAAAUUAAAUCAUGAAAAUGUUGCCAAAUUAAUUGGUUUAUGUCGAGAAGUUGAACCAGACUAUAUGAUUAUUGAAUACACUGACUGGGGUGAUCUCAAACAAUUUUUAUUAGCUUCUAAAAAGAAAGAUGAAGCUGUUAAUCCGAAUCCUGAUGCUAAACCACGUGCACCUCAACUGACAGUUGCUCAAAUUUUAGCAUUAGCUAAUCAAGCAGCACGCGGACUUAAACAUAUUGCAGAUAACCGUUUCGUACAUAAAGAUAUCGCUGCUCGGAAUUGUUUGAUCAGUAGUAAUCUUAGUUUGAAAAUUUCUAUGACCUGUAUGUCAAAGGAACCUUAUCAACAAGAGUAUGCAAAGUAUCGUAAUCAAGUGAUUCCUCUUCGAUGGCUACCGUAUGAAGCUGUUUACGAAGAUGAGUACUCUACUAAAAGUGAUGUUUAUUCAUUCUCUUGCCUACUUUGGGAAAUUUUCCAUCAAGGAGAAUUACCUUUUAUCAAACUUAAUGAUGAUACCGUACUGACACAACUUAAGAGUCAUGGUUUAGUUUGGAAAGCACAUAAAGCUGCUCCACCAGCACUUCAGGAGCUUCAAGAAAAAUGUUGGUCUAAAGAUCCGAGAGAAAGACCAACAUUUGAUGAAGUUGUGUCUAAGAUAGGAGAAAUUGUAGUUGAUAGUUGUCUGUAGACAUGAGCAUCGAAUUCUUAGGAUAGUUGGUGUGAGAAUGAAUUUUGGCAUGCGUUUAUGUGUAAGUAAUGAGUAUGUAAUAGAAUGUUAUAUUAUUGACCUAAAAGGUCCGAACGGCUAAUUGACACUGCCUCUGUCCAUUAUAUAAUGCUAGAUAAUUUUCCGCAUCAGCGUGAAAAUCGACCUAAGAUUACUUAUAAUAGUUAGAUUUGUACGUGACUUUGCUUUCGUAUAUAAAAAUAUUAAUCAAUACUGUCCUCGUAAAUUUAUACACAUUUUUAGAGACUUAUAUAAUAUUAUAUAUACAUAUAAAUAUAUUAAUACAUACAUUUUUUUAUUGGAUAAUUAAAUUUCUGAAUUUUAAAAAAUGAUAUUUAUUUAGAUUGAUUUUUAUAAUUAUCGCUGAAGUAGUAUGAUGGCCUAGGAAAGUUGCUAAAUCAGCAAUAAAUUCUUUUUCACUACUAAAAUUAAACGGUAGCAAAACUCACGUAUUAAGGCUUAGUAUAAGAUAGGUAAAAUUUACAUCGAAAUAAUCAAUAAUACUCAUAGUGUAAUAAAAUUAAACAUCAAAAUAAAUAUAUAUUACGCAGUCCAGUAAAAUAUGCCUAAACGACGAAAGUAUGGUCUACUUUUAUUCCAUAGGGUACUAAUUUUUUAUUGUAGCAAUGACUUUUAUUACUGACGUUAUGACUCAACCAAUUAUUAAUCCAAGUAGCAAAUGAAUAAAUAAUUCAUACAUUUAAAGACAGAAAGACUAAGAGUGAUUCAUUUUUGUGACAUAUAUAAACAAAAAUAUUUGUAUAUACUGAUAAUUAUUACAUUUAUACAUUUGAUACGUUUUUAAUCGAGAAAAAUGACUAUCAAUCAGUUGUGAUUUUUAUGUUGACAUCGAAUAAUAACCGAUCUUCCAAACUGCCAAUAAAUUUUUUAUGUAUUUUACUGUAAAACUUUCACUGCUAUCAAACAUAUUGUUUAUAAAAUAAUGAAAUAACUCAAGCAAGAACUAAUUAUUAAUUAUAAU